AUGGGAGGUGUGUCGUUGAACCAGCCGUUGAUCAACGACGACCCGCUGCCCCUGCCCCUGCCCGGCAGUAUCGCCAAGCAGGGUGAUCAAAUUGAAGGCUUGUUGUCAGCUGGAUGGACAAAUGAGCGGCACAGCUCGUACAUAAGCUCCAUGGAGGCAUCUUUCGUGGAGCAACUUUAUGGCCAAGAGAACUGCAGCUAUGAUGCUAAUAAGAACAAUCUCCGUAAUAUUGUUAUAAACAACCUCCCUGAGAAUCCCUGGGUAAGGCGUUUCAAGCCACGCGGUGCCUGUGUGAAUCACCGUGGCAUUGGGAUGGAACCUAUUGUUGACGAUUAUGGGUCAGGCACUGACACGGUCCGAGAGAAGGUCCGGACCCAUGCAGGAGUAGUGAAGACUUCUGUUAUUAUUGGUAAAAGCAAAGGUCACUACCUUGUCUUUCCUUUCCAGCAAAAUGUGUCCUCUAUAUGUUUCACUUUGUUCGAACCUAUUUUGGUAGUACUUUGA